AGCCUGUGGACCGGAGCUGGGCGGCGAGGUCGCCGGCGUCGUAGCGGGCGCACCCGGACCCGAUGACUGCGCGGGGCCCCCCGGCGGAUCCCACCACGCUCGGGAGGCCGGGUUUCUGCGGGGGUCAGUUCCCGGCUUAGAGGAGACAUCAGGUUCACGGAAUGUGGGCAGCGUCAGCUUUCCUCCGAGUGGAAGAAAACCCCUUUUAGAGGCGUCGUCUGAGAGACAGGAGGCUAAUUCGUUGUUGUUCUCAAACUGCGGCUGGAGGAGCGCCUGCAUCCAGACUACCUGCGGGUGUAAACGUCCGAACCCCCCCCCUCGCCUGGCUCCACAGCCGGUGGAGGCUCCGAGCUUUGACGCCGCGUCAAGUUAACUUGGCGCGAUGGGGAUACAUGGAUUACUGCAGUUUAUCAAAGAAGCUUCCGAACCGAUCCACGUGAGGAAGUACAAAGGACAGGUAGUGGCCGUGGACACAUAUUGCUGGCUUCACAAAGGAGCUAUUGCUUGUGCUGAGAAACUAGCCAAAGGGGAGCCUACUGACAAGUAUGUGGGAUUUUGUAUGAAAUUUGUAAAUAUGUUACUCUCUCAUGGGAUCAAGCCUAUUCUUGUAUUUGAUGGAUGUACUUUACCUUCUAAAAAGGAAGUGGAAAAGUCUAGAAGAGAAAGGCGACAAGCCAAUCUUCUGAAGGGAAAACAGCUUCUUCGUGAGGGGAAGGUCGCAGAAGCCAGAGAGUGCUUCACCCGCGCUGUCAAUAUCACACACGUGAUGGCCCACAAAGUCAUUGAAGCAGCUCGAUCCCAGGGAGUGGACUGCCUUGUGGCCCCAUAUGAGGCGGACGCGCAGCUGGCCUACCUUAGCAGAGCCGGCCUGGUGCAGGCUGUGGUCACAGAGGAUUCGGACCUCCUGGCGUUCGGCUGCAGGAAGGUGAUUUUAAAAAUGGACCAGUUUGGAAACGGGCUAGAAAUUGACCAGGCUCGGCUAGGCCUGUGCAGGCAGCUCGGGGGCGUGUUCACCGAGGAGAAGUUCCGGUACAUGUGCAUCCUUUCAGGCUGCGACUACCUCUCGUCGCUGCGCGGGAUCGGGUUGGCGAAGGCCUGCAAGGUGCUCAGACUGGCUAGUAACCCGGAUAUCAUAACGGUCAUCAAGAAAAUUGGACACUAUCUUAAGAUGAACAUAACAGUACCAGAAGAUUACAUCAGAGGAUUUAUUCGGGCCAACAAUACCUUCCUUUAUCAGCUCGUUUUUGAUCCCAUCAACAGGAAGCUCAUCCCGCUGAAUGCCUAUGAAGAUGAUAUUGAUCCUGAAACACUGAGCUACGCUGGGCAGUAUUUUGAUGAUUCCAUAGCUCUUCAAAUAGCACUUGGAAACAAAGAUAUAAAUACUUUUGAACAGAUUGAUAACUACAAUCCCGACACCACUAUGCCUGCCCAAUCAAGAAGUCAUAGUUGGAAUGACAAAACAUGCCAGAAGUCAUCUAAUGUUAAUAGCAUUUGGCAUAAGAAUUAUUGCCCUAGACUUGAGCUGAAUAUUGCUUCAGAUGCUACAAGACUGAAGGAAAAUCCAAGUACUGUGGGCACUGAACAAGUGAUCAGUGUUAAAGGGUUAAAUCUUCCAAGGAAGUCAUCCAUUGUGAAAAGACCAAGAGGUGAGGAGCUGUCAGAAGACGAUCUGUUGAGUCAGUACUCCCUCUCAUUUACAAAGAAGACCAAGAAGAGUAACUUUGAAGACCAUAAAUCCUUGAACUCGGAAAUGCUCAUGCCUGACCUGGUGGAUGGGACUGCUGAUAAGAAAAACCUCAGCACACCACGCCCUACAAGAAAUAAGUUUGCAGCGUUUUUACAGAGAAAAAAUGAAGAAAGUGGUGCGGUCGUGAUUCCGGGGACCAGAAGCAGGUUUUUUUGCAGUUCUCUGGAUUCCAUCGACUGUGUAUCAGUGAAAGCAGGCAGUGAGGCCCCAGAGCAGAGUGCCCUCACAGAUGCAGAGACCCAUGCAACUGAACCUGACCGUCGGGAUGGCAGGAAGCUGGCUGGUCCAGACAGAGCACGUAACUCAGAUGAUGAGGUUCCAGAUGAAUGUGCCGUCACAGAUGCAGAGGCCUGUGCAGCUGAACCGCACCGUCGGGAUGGCAGGAAGCUGGCUGGUCUGGAUGGAGCAUGUAACUCAGGUGAUGAGGUUCCAGACGACAUCACUAUGAUUGCUGACAGCGAGCCUCCAUCUUCAGAGACCAGGAAGUUCACAAGGACCAUCUCCCCACCCACCCUGGGGACACUGAGAAAUUGUUUCAGCUGGUCUGGAAGUCUUGGCGAUUUUUCGCGGACCUCAAGCCCCUCUCUGGGCGAGGCGCUACAGCGGUUCCAGAGAAGGACCGACCCCCCCACCCCGGUGCCCGGCCGGAGGGAAGCUUCUCCUGGGCCCCAGGUGAAGGGUGAGGAGUCUGGUGAUGGAGCGCCUCCCGUGCAGCCGGCAGCUGGGUCCCCGCGGUCCCCGAGAAGCCCAGAACUGUCGCCAUACGAUUUGAAUGUGUCAAAACUUUUCCAGCCUUCUAGUAAGGAUUCCGACUCAGAGGAAUCUGACUGCAAUAGUAAGUCACUUGAGAAUCAAGGUAAUCCAAAAUCCAAGCUACAUUUAUCUCAGUUUUCAAGAAAAGUCACUCUUCUAAAAAACAAGGUUCCUGGGCUGUAUAAAUCUAGCUCCAUGGACAAUCUUUCUACAACCCGGAUCAAACCUCUAGUUCCAGCCCGAGCCAGUGGGCUCAGCAAAAAGCCAUCAAGCAUCCAGAAGAGAAAUCACCAUAAUGCUGAGAACAGGCCAGGAUUGCAGAUAAAAAUCAAUGAACUCUGGAAAAAUUUUGGAUUUAAAAAAGAUUUUGAAAAGCUUCCUUCUUGUAAGAAGCCAGAUCCCCUGUCACCAGUCAAAGACAACAUCCAGCUAACUCCAGAAGCAGAUGAGGAUAUAUUUAACAAAUCUGAGUGCAUGCGUGUUCAGAGAGCAAUAUUCCAAUAAAUGCAGGCAGCUGGGAGGCUAUUGCCUGCGAGAGAAUCUAUCAACUUGCAGUGCUGUUUGGGAUUGCGGCAAUUGCCGGACUGAUUUAUUCAUAGAUGUAUGCCAUUUUUUAAACAGAGUACAUUUUGUAUAUUAACUGUAAUUAUUUCUUUUGUUCAGCUUUUUAUAUUUUUGUAAGAAGCUAAAAUAGACAAAUAAUUUUUAUCUUUGACAGUUUUUGGAAGUUUUGAUGUUUUGGGGCAAGUCCCCUGGAAUUUAUAAAAAUCUACCCUAAAGCUUUUUUUCAUGUUGCCAAGCAUAGGAUGGUAAAUGAAAAGCCACAAUUCUGUAAUCAUCCUGGACGGAAUCACUGUAUUUCUCCAAACUUUAAAUUUUUUGCACUGCCUUUCCUCUCUUUCGGGGUUGAAUUGAAAAUAAAGUUUCUGGAAUGGGAGGGGUAGUUGGAAAGGUUAAAGUGUGAGCUGAAAAUCCCUUAACUAGAGUCUUAGGUGUGAUGUAAGAUACUAAAGCAUCAAGGUCUA